AUGGCGUCGGUGGCCUCGUACACGCCCUCUGUACAGGAAGCGACCCUCUCUAAGACCGCCAGUCCGUCUCAACCGACCUACAACUUCAGCUUCACCCCCUUCCUCCGCAGCAACGGUCUCGCCGCCCUCGCCUCUACCGUCCCUGUCUGCCCUGAUUUCGCCAAAACCGGCCAUUGUCCGCGCGGGCGUCGAUGUCCCGACCGACAUCCAACUCCCACCCAAGCACUGGCACCCCAUUCCCAGCAACACCACUACGUUCGCCACGCCAACGAUAACUAUGUCUGCAAACAUUGGCUCAAGGGCCUCUGCAAAAAGGGCGACGCCUGCGAUUACUUGCAUGAAUACAACCUGCGAAAGAUGAGCGAAUGCCAGUUUUACAACCAGAACGGGUACUGCCAGAACGGCGACGAGUGCCUCUACGUACAUGUCAAAGAGGGCUCAAAGUUGCCUAUGUGUGAAGAUUAUAACAAAGGAUUCUGUGAGAAGGGUCCUAGAUGUCCGAAUCGACACGUCAGGAGGAAAUUGUGCGAAUUCUAUCUGGCAGGGUUCUGUCCAGACGGGAGGGAGUGCAAAUUUGGGGUUCAUCUGAAAAGCGGCCCGGCCGCGGCGGCAGCGGCGGCAGCAGAGAGGGAAGCAGAUGCACACAGAAGAGAAAGGGCCGCGGACUUGGAAAGAAGGGACGAAGAAUCGCGCAAAGACUACGGUUGGAAGGGCGGCAGAGGUGGGAAAGCAGGACGAUGGCGAAGCAAACGGGACAGAAGGUGA